AUGGGUCACCUGGGAGUUGGGCUGCUGCUGCGGUGGCUGCGGGCGCCGCGCUGCGUUGGGUCGGCCCUGCUGUGGGGAGAGCGGGUAGCGGUCGGCGGCGCCCGGGCCUACAGCUCCACUCCCGCCUGGGAUGGACUCGAGGGGCCGGCGCGCCAGCGCUCCUACUGGCGCUACGUGCGGCGUCUGGUGCAGGGAACGCCGGAGCCGCCGUACCCGCAUGUGUGCCAGGUCGGGGAUCCGGCGCUGCGGGCCGUGGCGGCCCCGGUAGAGCCGGCGCAGGUGGCGGGACCCGAGCUGCAGCGGCUGGUGGAGCGGCUAGUGCAAGUGAUGCGGCGCCGGCACUGCGUGGGCUUGAGCGCACCGCAGCUCGGGGUGCCGCUGCAGGUACUGGCGCUGGAGUUCCCCGAGGCGCUCUUCCGCGCUUGCGCGCCGCGUGUGCGCGAGGCCCGUCAGAUGGAGCCCUUCCCCCUGCGCGUGUUCGUGAACCCCAGCCUGCGGGUGCUGGACAGCCGCCUGGUCACGUUCCCUGAGGGCUGCGAGAGUGUCGCUGGCUUCCUUGCUUGCGUGCCCCGCUUCCAGGCGGUGCAGAUCUCAGGGUUGGACCCUAGAGGAGAGCAGGUGGUGUGGCAGGCAAGUGGGUGGGCAGCCCGCAUCAUCCAGCACGAGAUGGACCACUUGCAGGGCUGCCUGUUCAUUGACAAAAUGGACAGCAAGACGUUUACAAACAUCCACUGGAUGGAGGUGAAUGACUAACCAAGACACACACACUCUGGCUUUGAGCUGGGCACAUCUUCCUUGCUGGACUUGGUGUUGGCUCUGCUCUGACAGAAAACAACGGACUGCCAGAGCUACCAAACUGAGUUGGAGGAAGAUGCUAAAAAUGUGUACUCUGAAAUGAGCUAUGGACAAUAUAUUGCUUUCAACUUGAGAAGAAAAAUAUCCCCCCUAAAAGAGUGGACAUUUCCUGGCAAUUUUGUAUAGAGAUGGAAGGUGAGGGGUGCAAAUAAAUAGCCAUUCUCAGUA